AUGAACACUAUUGACCAAAUCCUUAGGCCCACCGCCGCCGCUGCCGACGACGAUGGGACCGACCAGAUCGGCUAUGACACGCCCCGCUCUGGCGUGGCAACUCCGCAGCCCGACCUGUCUGACAAGCGCCUCCCGGGAAUCAUGAGCUACUUUGGACAGGUUCGUAUAUCUUCCACUCAAGACCCUGCAUUGUCUUCUGCUCCCACCAAGGUUCUGGCAAACGCAUCACCCUCUUCUGGCGUGCAGGUUCAGACGAUGGACCAAGGCACAAGUUCCCCUUCUCAAAGCGCCACAGCGUGCAAUGCGAGUUCUGCAGAGCCCACGUCUUAUUGCCCUACCCGUGUCAGUCAAGAAGCGCAACCGCUUGGUGACCACAAGGCUGCAGGCCUCGGUCAGUAUCCGACCCCGCCGAUAUCAAGACGGUCAUCGGCAGGGCGGCUGACGCGAAGUCUGUCCCUGUGGAGCGGAGAGACGAGCACAGCACAAUCAUCAUCAGGGCGGCCGUUACCCCUCCGCCAGCAGAGCACUACAGAUCUCCCUCCCAAGUCCCUCAGCACAAUCAUGUCUUCUCCUUCAAGCGGCGUCACGACGCAUGCCGUCCACGCAUCACAUCUUUCUAACCCGACUGUGCCUUCCCAACCUGUUACCCCACCCUCUUUCGCGCAGACGCCCGACGGCCCAGGAGUUGAUCUUGCCAGUCUUGAAAUUUCUUCCUCUCUCGAGCAGCUCAAGAAGCUAACGCAAGGCCCGGGUGUUAAGAGCGGUCCACCAACUCCCACACGUGCCCUCUCCUCAGCUCAGCCGUCUCAGUCUGAAGACCGACCUUCGGUCUCAAAGCGAACUAGCAACGAAACGGGACCAGCAAGCGGUACACAGACGCCCCGGGGCGCGGGCGGCGCUCAGGUCCCUGCCGCCAAGGGAAAGUUGACCAUCAACAUUGUGGAAGCCCGCGGCCUCCGAAAGGCGAGAGAUCCCUAUGUCGUGGUUGUUUUCCAAAGGAGCGAGCUCAUCUCCGCGGGUCCACGUUCUGUGCAAGAAGAGGACGACGAUCACCACCUACCCGCACCUGGUCCUGGAGGCAUUCCCAUCCAGCGCCAGGGCAGUGAUUCCGGCCGCCCCGCCGUCUCCAUCCCGAUGCGAAGUCGCCAAAGCAGCAACACGAGCGUUACAGACUACAACAACUUCCGCAACAAGAACCGGCGAUCGUUUACCAGUCCGACCUGGGACGCCGAGGCUGCCUUUGACGUUGUUGACUCGGACAUGCGUGUCGCCUUGUCGGUAUAUGACCACACCGCCAGUGGUGAAGAAUUCCUCGGUCAGGUGGAUUUCCAAGCCAACAUGGACAACCCCGUUCGUGGGUGGUAUCCGCUCACCGGCCACGCCGAUACGAUGGCAGAGAACACACCAACCGGCGAAAUCUAUGUCGAGGCCACUUAUCAACGAACAGAACGGAAGCACUUUGGUCCUGAAGACUUCCAGAUCCUCAAGCUCAUCGGAAAGGGAACAUUUGGACAAGUCUACCAAGUGCGCAAGAAGGAUACGGAACGUAUUUAUGCCAUGAAGGUCCUAUCGAAGAAGGUGAUUGUCCAGAAGAAGGAGGUCGCCCACACGGUUGGCGAGAGAAACAUUCUUGUCCGCACGGCCAUGUCCGACUCGCCAUUUAUUGUCGGUCUCAAGUUCUCUUUCCAAACGCCAUCCGACCUCUACCUCGUGACCGACUACAUGUCCGGCGGCGAGCUGUUCUGGCAUCUGCAGAAGGAGGGGCGUUUCGAUGAGAAGAGGGCCAAGUUCUACAUUGCCGAGCUCAUCCUGGCCAUCGAGCACCUACACAAGAGUGACAUUGUCUACCGAGACUUGAAGCCGGAAAACAUUCUUCUCGACGCCAACGGUCAUAUUGCGCUAUGCGACUUUGGCCUUUCGAAAGCCAACCUCACACAGAAUGCAACCACCAACACAUUCUGUGGCACCACCGAGUACCUCGCUCCCGAGGUCCUCCUUGAUGAGUCUGGGUACACCAAGAUGGUAGACUUCUGGUCGCUGGGAGUCCUCGUGUUCGAGAUGUGCUGCGGCUGGAGCCCCUUUUAUGCUGAAGACACGCAGCAAAUGUAUAAGAAUAUCGCAUUCGGCAAAGUGCGCUUCCCUCGAGAUACGCUCUCUCAAGAAGGUCGCAACUUUGUCAAGGGGCUUCUGAACCGGAACCCGAAGCACCGACUGGGUGCCACCCUCGAUGCCGAGGAGUUGAAGAGGCAUCCAUUCUUUGCCGACAUUGACUGGGAUAUCCUGGCGAAGAAGUUGAUCACGCCGCCGUUUAAGCCUAAGCUGACUUCAGCAACGGACGUUUCGUACUUUGACCCCGAGUUCACAAACGCUCUAGACAACAGUGGUUCUCUGAACGAAAGAGCGGCCGCCUUGGCCCGAGGAUUCGCUACAUCCACCCCUCUUUCCCCUUCAGUGCAGGCCAAUUUCCAGGGCUUUACCUUUGUGGAUGAGAGUCAUCUGGAUGACCAGAUGCGGGGAAACCGUUACGAUGACGAGGAAAUGGAUGACGCACACGGGUCCCACAGAGGACAGGAAGACGACGACUGGGACGACCUCGGCGAUGUGGCUACCCAGAGGGGCAACCGCAUGAGCGGCAUUGAGCGUGCGGGCAAGCGAGAUGACGGCAAGGACUCCCACGACGAUCAGAUGAUUGGGAACUCUCAGUUUGACGACUAA